UAAAUCGCAGAAUCCACUCAAAUCAAAAGCUUUCCAUGGAAGCAAACCCAUCAAACUACAAUCAAUGGGAACAGCCAAAAGAAGGUUCAAAUUUUAAUUUUGAAAGGUAAUCUGAAGAGGCAAGAGCUAAUCACAAAGAAUCUGCAUCUCAAACCCAAAAGGGAGCUCACAAGUUCCAAAAUUGCCAUGAAAAUCAAACUGAUUGGGCUCUGCACAGAACCACUGGGCAGCCCAAAGCCACCAGAACCAUCAGAAAAGCAACAGGAGAAACGUAGUAGAUCAAGGAAGAAGCCAAAAGUGGAGAAUUUUAUUGCAGGGAUGGAUGAUGUGAACGAGAUUGUGUACUUAGACGACGAUAAUGAUGACUUUCGGUUUUGCUGCACACCCAAAUCAAACAAAGGCAACACAAAGCAAACUGCAAUUUCUGUUGAGCGGUACAGUGAAGAAAGGGACCUUAAUCUCGCUAUCAUGGCUUCUCUCAAAUCCACCACCAAAGCCAAACCCAUCAAGCAAGAAAAUUUCGUUGAUCUGUCCCAGGAUAAUCAAGAUUUUUGCUAUCUUGAUGACAAGGAUGAUAUCAGGGUACUUAAAUUCAAACCUGGUUUUACUACUUUUAAGAGAGGAAGAACUCUUUUUGUUGAUUCAGUGAACGAAAAUGGACAAUCUUCAAAAUCCCAAAACGACAGAGAAUUCGUCUGUGAAAUUUGCGUUGAACCCAAGAGUUUUGAUGAGUCAUUUACCAUCAAAGGCUGCACCCAUUCUUACUGUAGAGAUUGCAUGGCCAAAUACGUGGCUUCCAAAUUGCAAGAUAAUAUAACCUAUAUUCCUUGUCCUGUGUCAGGCUGUGUAGGCUUAUUAGAGCCUGAGCAUUGUCGCUUGAUUCUUCCUCAGGAAGUGUUUGAUAGAUGGGGUAAUGCUUUAUGUGAAGCUCUAAUUCCUGGGUCUGAAAAAUUUUAUUGUCCUUAUAAAGAUUGCUCUGCCUUGUUGAUUGCCGAUGGAAGAGAGGUUGUAAGGGAAUCAGAGUGCCCUAAUUGUUUUAGAAUGUUUUGUGCACAGUGUAAGGUACCUUGGCAUUCAGGAAUUGAAUGUCAGGCGUUUAGGAAAUUGCCUAAGGACGAAAGAGAGAGGGAAGAUAUUAUGUUAAUGAAGCUGGCAGAGAAUAAAAAUUGGAGGAGAUGCCCAAAAUGUAGAAUCUUUGUUGAGAGGACUCAAGGUUGCAAGUUUAUGAAAUGCAGGUGCGGAGCUGCCUUCUGUUACACCUGUGGAACUUCUAAAAUAGGCGACAAUCAUUAUUGCAGUUAUUGCAAGGGUUAACUCCGCAAUAUACUGCAGUUUCUAUAUUGACUUGCAAGAGACACGCGUAACCAAUUUUGAGUCUACCAUCGCUGCUGCUCACACCAAACCUAACCAGCUCCUGCAUCCUCACCAGCAUUAUCAGCAACCUCCCCCUCCCUCAGCCUAAAGUGUCAUUUUUAUGGUGAUUUUGUAGAAGUUAUAGAACUAUGGGCUGUUUUAUGCUUAGCCUUGUUUAAACAACUUAAACUUUGUAGCUGUAAAAUGUCGCCAAUAGGUCGUUAACCCUUGUGAAAAAUGCAUUUCUAGAUGAUUAAUUACUGAUUAGGAACAGCUUUUAUUUAAUUAGUAUGUGUAAUGGCUACAAGUUCCUAUAAUUUAGUAAUAUGGUGAUCCCAUUUUCUAGUGACA